CUGUAAUGAUUCUGCACAGGCUGCCACAUUAUCUGCUUCUUCAGCAUGCACAGAAAAGAAAGAGAUUUUCACAGAACAUUCACAUAUCAAGGAAACAAGCGAGAACCUUUGCAGCAAACGGUUAUCCGAUGACAGCUUCAGGAGGGAGCCAGGAGCACAUCAGCCACAUCAGUUAGCCAAAUCCACCUCUGAGGAGACUGAGAAAAAUCCCGAAAUGAAGGAGGAUUUUCAGCAGAACACAGAUAUCCCUCCAUCAUCAAUAAAACAGAUUAGUCAGAAAGACCUGAAAUCAGAACUGAAUAAAACCAGAAAGCUGCCCUUGUUGAAAGACACCAGAGCCAGUGAUAGCUCCCAGGAAGAAGCAAUAGACCAGUGGGCCAGGCGACGAAAACAGUUCAAAGACAGCAAAAAAUGCAGUUCAGCUGGAGGAAGCUCCAUAAACAGCACGAUCACCGAGGGAUCAAUGAAUUCAGAGGAUGCUCGCUCAUUAGAUCUGGGACUACAUUCUGAAAAUGAUGACAGAGGUUUCUACACAGAAAACUUUCAUUCUGCUUCCUGGGUUUUCAGAGGAGAUGAUGUUUCACCCAAUAACAGUCCCAGAUGUCUCAGCAAAAGGCCUAGACCAGUGGCAAUUCGGGAAAGAACAGUGAAGAUCGCUAAAGGGACUGGCAGUUACCCCUGGGGCUUCCGAAUCCAGUUCUCAAAGCCUAUCCUUGUGACUGAAGUUGACACAAACAGUGCAGCUGAAGAAGCAGGGCUUCAGGUAGGGGACAUUCUGAUCGCAGUCAAUGGAACGGAUGUCACCAGCAUGCCACAUUCAGAAGCUGCAAAUCUGGCAAGGAAAGGUCCUGACGUCUUGACCAUGGUGGUGGGAUCAGAUAUCAGCCGCUACCCCAACACUCCCCGGCCCACCUGCCGGGGGUAUCUGCACAAACGGACACAGUCGGCGAUACUGAAGGGCUGGAGGAAGAGGUGGUUUGUGCUGAAACACAGCGGCCACCUGCAGUAUUACAAGCACAAGAAGGUACAUCCAGGGCACGAUUUUGAUAUCAAGGUCAAUAACCUAUACGUGUGCAAUCCCAGCGACUCCAAAAAACGUCAUGCUGAAGAUGAAGGGAAAUGCAAGCCCCUCGAAAUAACAAAGUUGGAAGGAGCAGAAAUUGGAGUUGACACCAGUCUGGGCAAACCAUUUGUUUUUAAGUGCAUACCUCAAAGUGGAAGUAGGAUUUUCUACUUCUGUGCAACUUCUAACCAAGAAAUGAAGAGGUGGUUGGAGGCCAUGGAUAAAGCGGCGCAUCCUGUCCACCAGAACCACGUAUGGGUGGACGUCACGCUGCAUAACACAGCGCUGCCGCCCCUGGCUAUCAAGAACCCCGAGUGCCUCGGGCUCCUACACCAGCUGGACAGGAGCAGGGACGUGUGGGUUCAGCACUACUGCAUCCUCAAGGACGGCUGCUUGUACUUCUACGCCACCCUCCGCUCCACACCCGCCCAAGGUGGCCUUUAUCUACAGGGCUAUAUCGUGAGUGAACAGGCUUUGGGCUCCAAGAGAUCUGUAAUUGAACUCAAACCUCCAUCAGAAGAGUUUAAAACCUUCUACUUGUGUGCGGAGAAUAUGAAUGAAAACAAAAGGUGGAUUACAGCUUUGAAAGCUUCAAUUAAUAAAUGGUUACCUCUACACCAGGCAAUUCAAGAUUUCAUGAACAGACCACUGGAGGAGACAAGGAUGUGAGAAGAAAGGUCAUUUUCCCCUCAAUUUCUCUUUUUCAUUUAAAAUUUCGUGCUAUGUCUUUUAAUGACUCAUGUCAAAAAAUGCUCUAGCAAGAGGUAAUCUUUAG